UGAUGUCGACAUAAUAACUAAAUAAUCUCAGCCUGACAAAGUGUUACAGAGAGCACGUAACAUUUAAAAGACUGUAUUAUUAUUUUGGACUUUGAUUUCUGCGUGUCCACCAUAAAUCCAUUAUAAUUUUGCUGGCGUAAAUCUACCCGUCUGGUUUCAUUAAUAAAUAUGAGACGCUCUUCAGCAGCACGUCAGAGCCAGCGUCGUGUUCCUGCUGAAGUCAUGAAUGUCUUUGACCCCGUUGUUCCAAAACAUGGGCUUGAAUUUAAACCCUGAAAAUGACCCCAAACGUUUCAGCAGGAGACACCGAGCUGCCGCCCCGAGAGGCUCCGUGAACACUGAGGUUUCCGGAAGGCUUCGUUAAUGAUUGAGCGGCUAAUUGAGCGAAACAUAGUCUACAUCAGCAGAACGCCGGCGGUACAUUGUGAACGAGCUUUUCCAAACUAAUCACUGUGUUUUCUCUCCGUCACAGACUUCCACAGACCGGAGACAUGGGUCAGUCCCCGACAGACAGCGAUUAGACGGACGGAGACAGAGACGGAUCGAUCGAUCAGAGGAAGGACGAAUGAAGGAAACCUCAGAGAGCGCGAAGAAUCCGGCGAGAUGACGGCACGGGAACCUGAACCGAACCUGCUCUGCCACAAAUAGCCCUCAGAGGUUCAUCAUGGGGCUGAGCCAAGUCUCCAACGUCACUCCGGACAUCGGUUUGGUGGCGGCGAGCAACGCCUCCGGCACCUCGUCCCUCCCUCCGUCGUCCUGCAGCAUCGACGAAUCCUACAAGUACGUCUUCCUGCCCGUCUGCUACUCGCUGACCUUCCUCUUCAGCCUCACCCUCAACUCGGUGGUGCUACUGCGCUCCUGCCGCCACCACAGCGGCUGUUGCGGCGGCGGCGGCGGUGGGCGACGCUGGAACACCUCGCUGAUCUACAUGGUAAACCUGGCCACCACCGACCUGAUGUACGGCCUGUCCCUGCCCUUCCUCGUGGCGAGCUACGUGUUGAGGGACCGCUGGGUGUUCGGCGACUUCAUGUGCCGCCUCGUCCGCUUCCUCUUCUACUUCAACCUCUACUGCUCCAUCUUCUUCCUCACCUGCAUCUCCGUGCACAGGUACCUGGGGAUCUGCCACCCGAUGAGGACCAUCACUCUGGAGAGCAAGCGGGUGGUGAAGGGCACCUGUGCACUGGUGUGGGUGGUGGUCUUCAUCCUCACCUGCCCCAUCUUCAGGUUUGCUCAGACCGGAUACCUGACCCGAGGGGCCGGUGUCGGGCCCGGAGCGGCGAGGGAAGGUGGAAACAGUUCUGGAUCUCAGGACGACGGCGGGUACAUGAACUGCUGGGAUGACGCCAUCGAUAAGGAGUUUGCCGACUACGUCCCGUACGGCAUCGUCCUCCACCUGCUGGGCUUCUUUGUGCCCUUCGUCAUCAUUGCCUGGUGCUACUCUCAGGUGGUCAGGACCAUAUUUCAGACCCUGCGCUCCCCGCCCAGUUCGAUAGAGGGCGGCGAGGACGGUCCGGUGGGAGACGGGUUGUCAGAGGGAGUCAGAGAACGGGAGAGAACCUCCGUCUCCAUCUCCGGAUCGCAGUACUCACACUACAUUCGGCGGCGGCGGAAAUCCAUCAAAACCAUUGUGACCAUCACGCUGCUGUUUGCGCUCUGCUUCCUGCCCUUCCACGUGACCCGGACGCUCUUCCUGCUCCUGCGGCGGGGGCAGCUCGGCGGCUGCAACGUCAUGAAGACCGUCUCCAUCUGCUACAAGGUCACCCGGCCGCUGGCCUCCUGUAACGCCUGGCUCAACGCCCUCCUCUACUUCCUGACGGGGGACAAAGGCGCCCCCUGCUGCUGGCCGACAGAACACGCCGUCCGCAGAGACCGCCGCAGCGGCUCCCUCUGGUGGCCGCUGAAGAUCCUGAAAAAAGAGGGUGUGGGAGAGGACGACCCAGACGCCGCCGAGAAGAUAGAAAGGGUGGUGCACAUGGAGAACGAGUCCAAGUCCUCAAGGGUCAUCUUCUAAAUCAGUGACUCGCUGUGUCGGGGCCUGUAGAGUUUGGGGACAGUCUAAAAACUGUUGACGUUAAUCCAAUUUAACAGAACCAAAGACUUGUUUUUGUUGUUUGGACUCAUCGUUUCAGUAUUCAGACAAGUUUUGAAAGCAAAAAUCAGAAUCUGUUUAAGUCCUUACUGUUUAGACCACUGAUACUCAACGUGUGUCCUAGGGGCCAAAUCUGGCCCCUGGUGGCCC